ACACCCACCUCACAUAUCCACAUCUACACCCGCCCUCACCCAGACCCUCGUCGUAAGUAUUUUGACCAAACAAAACUGAAAUAUUUUCUCCAACUUGCUGAGUACAUUAAAGGAAAAAACACACUUUUCUUCUACGCAUAUAAUCCGUAAGACAGAAGUGAGCCGCAAUAUUUAUUUUUUGUUAAAAACAACAUUUGAGGACGUGACAAAACCAAGAUUAAAUAAUCGAAAUCAUUACUACUUACAUUUUAUAUUCUAACUCAUUGGCUGUUAUGGACAUUAAAACAAAUGACGUUAUAGGUAGGACAACUAACUUUUCGGGUAGAAUGUUGGUAGAUUAAGGCUGUACACCAUUCUAUAAUAAUGAAUUCGAGUUUCUUUUUGCCUAUACUAACAUGUUGUUUGGCGUAAAACCUAAAAAUUAAUUCAUAUAGUCAAUACUAGACAUCAUAUAUUUACAACUAAUUUAUGGUGACUGUGUAUGAAUAACAAUUGUAAUUUUUUUUAUUCAUGUAUUUUAAAAGGAAAAAUUUUAAAAAUUAGAUAAUAAAAAAGGCACUAAAAGAAAUUCUUCUAUCAUUACUUAAGUGAACAGAGAGUGGACAUGAUCACCACUGAAGAAGUUGAAGUGAAUAUUAUAGAGUAAAACAAAAUCUCACUGAUUUCAUUUAUACUGCUAAAACAUAAAAAACACUUGCAUUCCGCAUGAACAUCAAGAAGAAUAGAAAAAUGGCUUUUUUUUAGAUUCUGUUUAUCUUUAAUUUGGAACGAGCCGUACUAAACAGACCAAUAGAGCAAAAGCUAUUUUUAUGUUAUUUAAGUUUGUUUUAAUUUGUUACGCAAUUUUUGUUUGAAAAUUUGAAAAGAGAAUAAUUUUUAUUUUUUUCCUAGAUAAUAGCAAGAAAAGCGAUGUAGCAACAACGUAUUGUCGUGUAUUGAAUGCUGCUGAUGAAGUUUCACCGCCUUCCAUUACACUUACAGAUAAUAGUUCAGUACAAGCAGGUACCGUAGCUGCAAUGCUCACAGAUAUUCAACCAAAUAAUAACGGGGACAAUAAAGGUGGAGAUGAAACACAACGUGAACUCUUUUUCUAUUGUUUGGAUUCAUAG